AUGCUAGUGCUGAGGAGUGGAAGCCGCUGGAGCAUGGGGACACUGGAGACGGAAUCCAGCAUCCACAAAGCUUACUGUGAAUCCAUACUCCAGUCCAAAAAGUACAUUUACAUGGAAUGCCAGUUCUUCAUCAGCACCAGACCUGGAAGCAUCGUGCAGAACAAAGUAGCGGAUUCCCUCUUCCAGCGCAUUCUUCGGGCUCACGAGAAGGGCGAGGAGUUGCGGGUUUACGUAGUACUUCCGCUCCUACCAGCCUUUCCAGGAGAGAUCACGAAGGGGAAUGUAGGGAAACCCAUUCAGACCAUAACUCAUUGGAACUACCUAUCCAUCUCGAAAGGAGCGAAUUCUCUUCUGAGCCGACUGAGAGCAGCUGGAAUUCAGGAUCAUUCUCAAUACAUCAACUUCUUCAGUCUGCGGACUUUUAAGCGGCUUCAAAGGAGUGUGGUGACGGAGCUGAUUUACAUUCAUUCGAAGUUGAUGAUAGUGGACGAUGAAACUGUGAUCCUCGGUUCGGCAAACAUCAAUGAUCGCAGCCUGUUGGGAACCAGAGACUCAGAAUUGGCUUGCGUUUUUCAGGAUGUGAGGAACAGUUCGCACAGAGUCCAUGGGAAAGGGAACUUCGCAAGUUCGUUAAGAAAGCGCCUAUUCCGAGAACAUUUGGGUCUCCUCAAGAAGAAGAGGAGGAGACAUUUGAGCGCCCCAGAAUCGGAAUCCUUCUAUGCCGACACCUGGCUGCAAACUGCGGCAUCUAACACCUCCAUCUACGACACUGUUUUCCCGGUGAUUCCGACGGACAAAGCCAGGAAUUUCCGCGAUUUGGAGGAGUUGUCGGAAGAAAUCCCUCUACUCGUACGGGAUCCCGAUUAUGCCCUACGUCUUCUAGAAGAUAUCCAGGGGCAUUUGGUCCUCUUUCCCCUUCGCUUCCUGGAAGAGGAAAAUUUAGACCCUCCAGUCAUCACUCCGGAGGGACUUCUGCCCACAGAAGUUUGGAUUUGA